CAAAACUUUUUGAUAUGAUUGUAAUUAUUACAGACAUAUUAAAAAAUGUUCAUCAACAGUACUGUGCACAAAAGUAAGUAAUGGGACACGUUCAAAGACAAAAUCAAUGUUGACAAAAUUGUCUUUGACCAAGCCAGAAAGAAGGCAUGGCAUUCUAGUGGGACUGGAUAAAGGUGCAUCUAAAAGUAAAACAAAGGAAUAGUCUUUCUCCCCCCCCCCCCCCCCCCCCAUCACCCUCCACUCCAAAAUCAUCGUGGUACCACCAGCAUAGUGUCAGCAUCCAUGAACCAGGAAGAGGUCUGUGAAACUGACAAACGAACAUGAGAAUUUUGAAGGCGAUUAUACAACUUUAUUCUUUCUGGCCACUAGGUGACAGUAUCUCUCCCUCUCAAUAAAUACAACUUUAAUGUAUUCUUGUAAGAUUACAACUUUUUUUUCUAAAAACAUUUUUAUCCCCCCCGCAAAAUAUGAUACUUGAAAGAUUGAGUCUUUUUAUCAAGAAAAAAUACUAUUUAUUUUUCAGGAAAUUACAAUCUCAAAUCACUUUUUUAUCAAACAAUGAUCCACUACAACAGUGACUUAUGAUCUUGACUAAAACAAGAUUGUCAUGAAAAUCUCGUAGUACAGUACUUUUUUCAUGAAAAUUUAUUUUCAAAUCUUAAAUAUAUUUAUUAAAAAACUCAUUCUUCAUUCUCAAAAGAUUUCAACUUUGUCUUCUUAUUUACUGUGUCUCUCGGGAAAAAAAUAUUAAUAAUAUGGCUUAUUGUUAUAUAAAUUAUCCAUCCAUUCAUUCAUUGUCCAUACCGCUUAUCCUUAUUAGGGUAACAGCCAUGCUGGAGCCUAUCCCAGCUUACUUUGGGUGAGACAACAGGUCACAAGCCAAUCGCAGGGCAUAUAUAAACAAACACGUAUGGCCAAUUUAGUCUUCACGUAAUGUACCAUGCAUUUUUUUAGAAUAUGUGUGAAAACCAGAGUACCUGGGGAAAAAAACACGGAGGCACAGGUGUGGCCGGAUUUGAACAUGGGUCCUCAGGAAUGUGAGGCAAAAGUGCUAACCAGUCGUCCAGCCCACAAAAAUUGUAUGUUUUUUAACUAAACGGUGCCUUUCAUUCCUAUAAAUUGAUUUGUCACCAAGGAUUGCAUCUAUAUUUCUUUAAAAAAUUUGACUGAAAAAUUGCUAUUUUUAUAUCCUUAAAAAAAUAAAAUCUUGGGUAAAAAGGUUUUAGUGGUACCAUAUUUUGUCAAACCAACUUGUUUUAGUAUUCAUGAUAUCAUUUUGGCUCUAUGGUACCUCAGUAAAUUGUUGAAUUCCGUACUCUUUUCUGUUGACUUUCUCGAGCUUAUCUACAUCACUAGUGAAGAUCUCGGCCUUCCCUUUCCACUCAUGACCCAGCACUGUCAACCUAACAAACCUGUGCCCUCACAAGUGGGUCUUCUACAUGGAAGCGACCAAUCAGAGGAAAGUGGGCCAAACACUGCCAAAUAUUGACAAAGUGGAUACAAAGUUGCCGUAGCAACUGCCCUGCAAGCGCGAGAACGUGACUGCGUGUCAGGAAAAAGGAAGUGCAAGGACGGCGCUAAAGAACACCCACCGUGGAACAGAGGCGGAACAGCAGAGUUUGAUAAUGAAGUCACCAACGUUACACGACCGUCCACGCCGAAGAACCGUCUAAAGCAACUCACAGGAUGGAGUUGUGGCGCCAGUGUGCAAAAUGGCUGAUCGAGUGCCGGGUCCUGCCGGAGACGCACCGCGUCACGCUGGAGGGCGCGCAGGUGUGCGACCUGGCACAGGCUCUAAGAGAUGGCGUGCUGCUAUGUCAAUUGCUCAACAACCUCCUGCCUCAGGCCGUCAACCUGAGAGAGAUCAACUUGCGCCCACAGAUGUCCCAGUUCCUGUGCCUCAAGAACAUCCGGACCUUCCUGGUCGUGUGUCAGGACAAGUUCCAGCUGAAGAAGAAUGAACUGUUUGAAGCCUUUGACCUGUUCGACGUGCGCGAUUUUGCCAAUGUACUCAGUACUUUGUCCCUCCUGUCUCAUUCACCCAUCGCUGCACAAAGAGGAUUUCAGCCUUUCCCUUUGGGAAGAGACAUUUCCGAUGACGACAUCUACAACGGCCUGUCUGACAAGAUUGAUGACACGGUCGACGAAGCAGACGAUCUGUACGACUGCGUGGAUGAGGAGGAGGCCGAAGGGGGUGAAAUCUAUGAAGACUUGAUGAGGACCGUUAAACCCGAAACUAAGUGCGGAGUGGACAAGCGAGAGUGCUGCCUCCAGGAGAUCAAACAGACGGAAGGAAAAUACACAGAUACUCUGGAAUCUAUUUUACAGCACUUCAAGAAACCUCUGGGAAAGUUCCUCGAGGCUCAGGACAUCGAGAGCAUCUUUGUCAAUAUACAGGAUUUGGCCACUUUACAUCGAGAAUUAUUGGAUGAGAUCCAGAGAUCGUUGGGGAAUGGAGCCAAGAAUUUGCACCGUGUGUUUGUCAACUACAAGGAGAGGCUUCUGCUCUACGGACGCUACUGCAGUCAAGUGGAAAUGGCGACCAAGCAUCUGGAUAAGCUGGCAAGCAGGAGGGAGGACGUUAGGAUGAAGCUCGAGGAGUGUUCCAACAGAGCAAACAGCGGGAGAUUCUCUCUUAGGGAUCUGCUUAUGGUGCCCAUGCAGAGGGUCCUUAAAUACCCCCUGCUAUUACAGGAGCUGGUGAAACACACCACGGACCCGUCAGAAAAAGAAAACCUGCAUACAGCUCUCGAUGCCAUGCGAGACCUGGCACAGUGUGUCAACGAGGUGAAGCGCGACAAUGAGAUCCUCAAGCAGAUCACCAGCUUCCAGUUGUCUAUCGAGAACAUGUCACAAUCCUUGGCUCUCUUUGGCCGGCCCAAAAUGGACGGAGAGCUGAAGAUCAGCAGCACAGAAAAGAAGUCCAAACAGGAAAGAUACGCCUUCCUCUUCGACAAGGCCUUGUUCGUGUGCAAGAAGAAGAGCGGCGAGACCUUUGAGCUGAAGGAGAUCGUCGAGCUGCAGCACUACCAAGUCCGAGACGAGACGGCGGGGGAGAAGGACAAAAGGAAGUGGUCCUAUCUGUUUCUCCUGCUGGACUGCUACGGGAAGUGCGGCUACGACUUAUACUUCAAAACACGAGAACUGAAAAAGAAAUGGCUCGAACAGUUUGAGAUGGCUCAGUCCAACCUAUGUCCCGAGAAUGCAGCAGCGAACAACCACGAUUUCCAGAUGCACAACUUCGAGGAGACGGCGUGUUGCAAGGCGUGCUCCAUGAUGCUGAGAGGAAUUUUCUUCCAGGGCUACCGGUGCACGCGCUGCAAAACAGCUGCCCACAAAGAGUGCUUGGGCCGACUGCCGACCUGCGGACACAGUUCAGACAAUUCCGGCACUACAAGAAAGAAUAGAACACACAGGUCCUCAGGGACCACAGGCAUUGGGUUUCCCAAGAUGGAGGUGUGCCAAGAGUACUUCGGCCUGCCGCCCCCACCCACCAGCUUCGGGCGUCCGCUGCACCUCUCUCAGGGUGACCUGGUGGAGCUGACGCGGGCGGAGGUAGACUUGUUGUGGUGGGAGGGGAGAAACUUGACUGGAGGACAGGUGGGCUGGUUCCCCUGCAGCAGAGUUGUACCCUUCUCGUCUAGGCCCACCCCGGACUUGUCUCCUUUCAGCUGGUUUGCGGGGAACACGGAUCGAACGGCCGCCAAGAACCUGCUCAUGUCCCGCUCCGAAGGAACCUACCUGGUCCGGCAGAAAGACGGAGGAGAGUUUGCCAUCAGCAUCAAGUUCAACAUGGACAUCAAACAUAUCAAAAUCACCUCCUGUGAUGGUCUGUUUCGCAUCAACGAGAAGAAGGCCUUCAAGGGUCUGGUGGAGAUGAUUGAGUUCUAUCAGCAAAACUCCCUGAAGGAGUGCGUCAAGGACGUGGACGCCACACUGCACACGCCGUACAAGCAAGCCGAGCAGAGCAACGACCACAAGCCCCGUGAUGCGCCCAAAGGAGGCGGCUCGCGAACUUUCAGCAUGGCGAGAGCCAGGUACAACUUCUCGGCCCGGGACCGCUCCGAGGUGUCUCUGCGCGAAGGGGACACCAUCAGGAUCUUAUCCAGGAAAGGCCACAGUGGAUGGUGGAAAGGAGAAGUGUACGGCAAGGUGGGCUUCUUCCCUGCCAAUUACGUGGAGGAGGAUUACUCUGACUACAGCUGACCCGCAGGCCAGGACUUCAGUGUCAGAUCAUGUUCGGGAAAAAGUAGUGCACGUCAUCUCAUCGUCAAUAAAUUGGGUUUUAUGUUGU